AUGCCAUCUCUUGAUAACUACUUGAUUGCUUGCGGUUCUUCUCAAAACAUUACUCAUCAUGGUCGAACUUUUCUUCCUGAUUCUCAACAUCCCUCUGUUAGAUCUGAUUAUGAACAUUCUGAUUCUCUAUCUAAUUCUUCUAUCUCUGUCUCUCCGAUUUACCAAUCUGCAAGAACUUUCACAGCCUCAGCUUCUUACAACUUUGACGUCAACCACAAGGGCUGGCAUUUCAUCCGACUCUACUUUCAUCCUCUUUCUGAACGGUUAGCUUCUGUCUCAUUCAGUGUCGUCACUGAAACCCACGUUCUUCUUGAUAGCUUUAGAUUCAACACUUCUGAUAAUAAAUCUUACUCAUCGUUCAGGGAGUAUGCGAUAUAUGUGAAUACUAACCUUUUAAUCCUCACUUUUGUUCCUUCUAGCGAUUCCGAUAUUGCAUUUGUGAAUGCCAUUGAGGUUCUUUCUGUCCCAGACGAGGUAUUCUCUUUUAAUCAUACCUUAUCUUUCCCAAUGUUCAAAGAUGUUUCUCUUGAAACCAUGUACCGCUUGAACAUGGGAGGUCCCUCUUUUGUCCCUUGUCAAAAUGACACUCUUUUCAGAGUUUGGGAAGAGGACGAUAAGUACCUCAAGCACAAUCCUUCAGCUCUUAAUCUUUCUGUGAACCCACACUCCGCAAAAGCCUUUCAAAAAAACAUGUCAAGCGCGUCCAAUUUGACUUGGGUCUUCCCUGUCAAUCCAAAGUUCAAAUACAUUCUGAGAAUUCAUUUCUGCGAUAUGAUUAGCAAGUCCAGAAACAGCUUGUUUUUCAACGUGUACGUAAAUUCUGAUCUUGUCAUGAAAAAUCUAAAUCUAUCAGCAUUUACUCAUGAUGUUGGCGUUCCAUACGUCAUCGACUGUGUCACCAAUAUCACUUCUGAAGAUUCAGAUACAUUAUUGAGUGUCACUGCCGAAGCUAGCGGCUUUGAUCAUCAGAGCCUUAAAGCUACGUUGAACGGGCUAGAGAUUAUGAAGAUGAGAAACGCCAUGAGAAGCUUGGAUGAGCUGUCCUCUCAUGAUAAUAAUAUAACUCCAAAAAAGUCAGCUUUGAAAAUCCCAAAAGUAGCAAUAAUCCUCUUGAGCAGUUGCAUGGCUGCUGCUUCUUUGUUCGUAGGUGCUUUUUAUUAUUGUCGAUGCCUAAGAGCUGGUAGUUCCAAAUCCAAUAACGGAAAUGUAAGACUCAGAAUAUUCACUUUCCAGGAGAUUCAAGAAGCAACCAACAAUUUCGAUGAGAGAUAUCAUAUCGGAAAUGGUGGUUUUGGGAAAGUGUUCAUGGGACAUCUCAAAGAUGGUACGAAGGUUGCGAUCAAGAGAGCAAACCCUCAAUCCAAUCAAGGCAUUGCCGAGUUCCAGAACGAGAUCAAAUUCUUAUCGAAACUUCGUCACCAAAAUCUCGUCUCUCUUCUCGGAUACUGCUACGAGGAUAAGCAAAUGGCUCUGGUUUAUGCCUACAUGGCAGGUGGGUCUCUCAACAGCCAUCUCCACGGGGAAAACGUCGUCGUUCCACUGACAUGGAAGCAAAGGCUUGAGAUUUGCAUAGGAGCUGCAAGAGGGCUUCAUUAUCUUCACACUGGAGCUUCUCAAAGCAUAAUCCACAGAGACGUGAAGUCAGCGAAUAUUCUGUUGGAUGAGAACUUUGUUGCCAAAGUUUCAGACUUUGGGAUCUCACGGAACGGCCCAUCUUCUGAUAAGUCCCACGUGAGCACUAUUGUGAAGGGAAGCUUUGGCUACUUAGAUCCUGAGUACUUCAGAACGCAGCAUUUAACAGAGAAAUCAGAUGUGUUUUCAUUUGGAAUGGUGCUUCUGGAAGUUCUAUGUGGGAGGCCUGCUCUGAAUUGUUCUCUGCCAGACGAAGAAAAAAAUUUGGCAAGCUGGGCAUUAAGCAAAGUCGAAAACGACGAGUCGUCGCUGCAAGAGAUAAUAGAGCCGAGUCUAAUUGGGAAGGCGAAUCAUGAAUCUUUGAAGGUGGUGUGGGAAUUGGCUAACAUGUGCUUGGAGCGAAGGAUCAACAGACCAACAAUGGGAUACAUCAUGUUAUGCUUGCAAGAUGCUCUUUACCUUCAUCUCAGUACAGAAAAUGAAGCCUAG